AUGAGAGGUGAACUUUUUUUUUCAUUUGUAUCAAGUCGAGUUAAGGUUUUUUUAUUAUUAGUACAAAAUCAAACAUUAAACAGAUCAAGCGCGAAAUCUUCAAUAUAAAAAGGAAACCACAAAAAAAAACUGAAGAAAAUAAAAUGAAUGCUCCUUUCCUUUGCCGAUCUUUUUUUUUUUCUUCGACAGUUUUUUCUUGUCAAUUUUCCUGUGUCAUUUUUGUUCUAGCCGAUGAAAGUUUUUUUUUUGCUUUUCCGAACGUCCCAGCAAAGAUUUUUUAACAGAUAACAACGUUAUAAUGGCUCUCUCUCUUUUUUUUUUUGAAGAAUUGAAGUUCUCCGUGCAGAAUAACCGAUUCCCUUCGCUUCGGGUUGUUUCAAAGAAGAAAAAAAAAUUUUGAAAACCUUACAGCACGCAAAAAAAAGGCUUUCGCAGUAACCAAGCUGAGGGCCGGGAAACAGAAAAAUAAAAAUCACCUUUUGAAAGCACAGUAGAAAAAAGAUACCCUGAACACAGAUUUUUUUUUUUCGCACUUUUGCUCUACAAAACUGCUUUAUCCAGCGCGAUAGAAUUGCGAUAUCGCUGUCUUCAUUGCAUCGCGCAGGUCUUAAAAUUUUCUAGGUGUGACCUCGAAUUCCUCUAGCAAUUGUCCCUCACUCAAAAAAAAAACUUUAAAAAUUUUCAAUGCGAAGCCGCGCCGAGAAAAAUGCGAUGUCGCGCGCAGAAAAAACGCGAUAUCGCGAUAAGGAAAGAACAAGUGUGACGCGGCUAUAAAGCAGCACUAUCGCAAGGUCGUCAAUGUACCGCCAGCGAAAUCGCUGUUAUCUCUAAAGUAUAUUUAAAGUGUUAAAAAAAAAACAGGUCUUGAAACGAAUUUUAGUCAAAUUCGGUAUACUGUCUCUUUUUUUGUGAGAAUGAGUCUUUAGUAUAGGUAAUCCUUCUCGACUUGAAGGUGAGAUAUGUAGAUUGGCAAGGAUGACGCGUUGCGUACGCGACGCGGCUUCUUGGCGAGUAAUUUGAGAGCUCCUACUUUUCUUAUUUUUGAGAUUUUUUCGAUAACUUUUCAUUUUUCAUGGUAUUUCGUUUAAGUAUGUCACUAUGAAGAAACAAAAAACUUUUUUUCCUUCGAGUUUCCCGCCAAAAAGCCGCGUCGCGUACGCAACGCGCCACCCUUGUCAAUCUACAAGUUUUGCCUUCCAAGUCGUAUAAUUUUUUUGAAAUGUUCCAUUCAAAAGUCGAGCAGAGUUCUCCGUGUACCCAUUCAACUUCGUUCCUCGUUUCGCAAAAGAAGAAAAAAGUUUCGAAAAGCCUUACAACGGGCAAGAAAGGCGUUUGCAGUCGCCAAGCUGAGGGCCGGCGGCUCAGCGACGGCGCCGCCUCUCUUCAGUCGCCGGCAGAUGUCGCUGUCGGUGGCGACGACGUCGCGGCCCGCCCGCGCCGCCGCCAGUCUCAUGCGAAGCAAGAGCGCCGAGAAGGCCCGUCACAGCAGCAGCAUGAUCGAGGCCAUCAAGGUUGGUUCUUCUUUCUUUUCCAAACUCUUCUCAAAAUUUCAAAGAUGUUUUUGUUUACUGAAAGUAUAGUUUUGUUAUGAGAUCUGGUGAAAAUGACAAAGGAUCGUGUACUUAUUUCGAGUGACCACUUAAGUGCGUAAAAACCCUCAAGAUAUCCCUAGAACUUCUUAUAAGCGGCUUUGUGUUAACUCAAAUGAAGUCGUGCUUAAGAGAAAGCGAAUUGUUUACUCGAACCUAGAGGGUUCCUGAUCUUCUCCAUGGAUCACUUAAGCAUCGUAAAACUCUUAAGGGACCCCUAGAGCGCCUAAAAACAUUUUCGCAUGUAGUUGAAGGAAAAUUUGUGUUUAUUGAAAGUUCAGUGGAACCUCUGACGUUUCUGACGGUUUCUACUGGCAACUUAAGCGUUGAACUCUUAAGGGAACCCUUGAGAAGUUUCUAGUGACCACUUAAGAGUCGUAAAAACCCUCAAGGUAUACCUAGAAAUGCUUAGAAGCAUCUCUGUGUUAACUUUAAUGAAAUGGUUCUUCAAAUAAAAAAAAAAAUUUUUUUUAAUCGGACUUUCGACGUCUCUGACCUUUUCCAAAGAUCACUUCAGCAUCGUUAAAGCACUUGAGUGAUCCCUAGAACGUCCUAAAAGGUUUUCGUAUGAAAUCAAGGGAAAAUAUGUUUUCAUGAAAAGUUUACUCAGACCUCGGAAAGGUCCCGGAUAAUUCUAGUGACCACUUUAGUGUCCUAAAACUCUUAAGUGACCCAUAGAAUCGCUCAAAAACAGUUUUUUUGAAGUUAAAUGAAAAUGUGCUCUAAUGAUAAUCAAUUAUUGACUCGGACCUCGGUAAAGCCCCGGUCAAUUCUAGUGACCACUUGAGAGUCGUGGAAACCUUUAAGUGACCCCUAGAGAGGCUAAAAACGUUCGGAUUUCCCGGCCAAGCUUCGAGUGAGUACUAAUAAAAGAUUGGUGAAAAAAAAGCAUGGGAAAGUUCCUUUUGCAAAGCCUUUUCGAAUUUCCGGGAAUUUUCUAGUUGCUUCAAAGAAAUUGAAAACUUUGAAAAAUCAAAUGAAAAGAUCAAAAGAACCUUUUGAGGAGCUUUUCCGAGUUUCCCCAUUCUAAAAGUACCUUUUCUAAAAUAACACAAAGCGAUUUCCGAGUUCGAAAAUCUCCGUAUCGAUUAGGAGUUGAAGCCUCAUUUCCAGGCGAAACCCUUCGAGUCAAUAAUUAAAAGCGGGCAAUAAGGGGUUAUCAGCCGCUUUAUUAUCAUUCUCGAUAAUCCCCCUGUGAGCUUUACGUAGAAGCUUUAAAAAUAGAAAGGCUUCAACUUGGAAAAAAAUAUGUUUUCUGAAAAAAAAAAGGGGAAUAAUAAUAAUGCGGUUGAUGAGACGGUUGAAUUGAACUUAUUCAGAGGUCAUUACGUAGAAAGAAACAACCGUCUUUUGAAAAAAUCACGGGCAAAGUCCAAAAGGUCUCAAAAAGGACUUUCGGAAAAAAGGUCUCUAAUGCGCCUCUUUUCUAGACUUUUUUCUGAAAAGGACCUUUUAGCGAGGACUAGAAAAAUAAGGCGGAAAAAAGAACUUUUUGACACCUUUUUAAGAACUUAAAAAAGAGCUUUAGCCUCUCUUUUUUAAGGUCGUUUGGACUUUCGCUGUUAAUAGAUGUAAAAAGGGCUAAAAAAUCCCUCUAGGGGCCACUCUGGCGUUCCUUAACACUGAAACUUCUUAAAGAUAUUUUUCAACAAAAAGUUCAAAGACUUCUCUAGGGGCCACUUAAAUUUUAGGGGCUUUGGAGUCGGACUCUAAACCCUAUAGGGACCACCUAAAGUUUAUCCCUCUAGAGAGCACUAUUCAUAGAAGCUGUUUCCCCCUUCCCCCAAAUCCCUAUGACCACUCUGGCGUCCCAAAAAAUGCAUUAAUUUCAAACGGGAAUCAAAACGUGUCUCCAGUCUUGACAGGUCUAGACAAAGUCCCAAGAUUAAUUGAAUUUCCGAGGCGAAAGUUGCCGCUUUUUCGAAAAAGUGUUGGAAGUUUCGGGCCAUAUGGUGAUGAAGCCAUUGCGAAAAACUUGAAAUAUUAGAUUUUCUUGGAAAUUUAAGACAAGGCCCAAAUAAAAAAUGGUUCUAGGAUCCAUUAGGGGUACAAAGAGUUCAGUGACCCUUAGCUUAAUCGAGAGGAGCUGAAAAAGGGAAAAAUUUGUUCUUUUUGGUCAGAGUUUUCAUAUUUUCUCAUUUUCUUGGCUUGGAUUGUUUCUUAUUCCGAGAGAGAUUUCGAAAUUAACAAUUUUUAAUGAAGAUAUUGGAAAUUUAACGCUUAAAAAUAUAUUUUGAACUUUUUUUCUUUCAAGUUUUUUUGACUUAUUUUUCAAACUUGUAUCGAAAAAAAUGUGGGAUUUUUUUCUCCCUGGAGCGAUUUAUCCGGUCUUUCUAAGCUAUUUUUUCAAAAUUUAUCUAUUUUAUCAAUCCUUGGAGCGUAGAAGCUCAUUAUUUGGACGAUUUUUGGAAGCUAGAUAUAUUUUCCUGAGCUACUGAGAAAUUGAAAACUCGAAUUUUGUUCAUUUUUCGUUUCGAACAUCUAAAUUUGGAAGUUUUUGUUAGAGCAUGUGAUUAUUAGCUUACUUCUUCUUUUUUGAGUAGUUAUUAGUGGGCGAAAGCUUAUUUUAUCCGUGGAGCGCAGUGUUGAAUCUUUCGCGGCUGUUUUAUCACAACUUGUAAAAGUAGAUUUGGGUCUUUCAAACAAGUUUUUUGCACUUCUGGGGAGCUGAAAACCCAUAUUUAUUGUGCUAUUCUCGUCUGGGACAGCCAUAAUUGGUAGUUUUCAAUGGGAUAAAUAAAAAAAAUAAGGGUCCAAAAAAAAUUUUUGUUUUUUCAAAAGUAGUUCUCUGCCAAUAAUUUUCUGAAAGUAGCAUUUUUUAAAAAUAAAUUCUGGUCUUGCAACGUAGUUUUCUACAUUGCUGGAACUGUCAAACAGGAAAAAAUGGCGGUUUUUGACCUCGAGUUUCCCGCCAUGAAGCCGCGUCGCACACGCAACGCGUCCCUCUUGCCAAAUACCUAUCUCGUCUUUCUAGUCCGGAAGGAUUGACUAUAAAUUGUCCUGAAAAUAGAUUUUAUUUCUUCAAAGUAUUCAACUGUACUGCUAAGAAGCUGGAGACCUAAAAUUAUUGUCCUAUUAUCGUCUGGGAUUAUAAAUCAGAACCAAAAUUGGUAUAGAAUAUUCACGGCUAGCUUGGGACGAAAAAAGCCGUGGCCUGUCUGCACUCUCCACCAACCAGGGCACUGUCUCGUCUCUUUUCGUGGCAGGACCCUUUUCUCGAUGGCUCCAAGCCAGCAUCCUGUUUAUUUUUUUCGGGAGCUCGUUUUUCUGGGUGUUUUUUCUUGCCCUUCCUAGCUUUUGCCUUCAUAUUUCGUGCUAUCAAGAUAAUUUUAUCGAUUAGUAGUUUUGAGAUUUUUCUUGGGAUUCCAAAAAUUAAGGCUUUCAAAAUAGAUUUCACUCCUUCAAAGUGUUUUCCUGCACUCCUGAAAAGCCAAACACCCAUAUUUAUUGUCCUAUUCUCGUCUGGAACAUAAAUCACAGCCGAAAUUGGUAGUUCCUGAACGGCGGCCGGGGAUGAAAAAUGGCGCCGAUGGAGGCGGCGGCGGCUGGGCCAACACACGUGUGCCCUAACCAAUUUGCGCUCAUUUCACGACGGCAAAAGCCUUCGUCCGGCUCUUUUUUCCUCCCUUCUCUAUCUGGUUUCAAUUCGUAUUUGAUUCACUCUGAUUUGCCUUUUUUCUCGUUUUUUUUUCUGAAGAAAAUGGAAAGUUUGGAACGAUUUUUUUUAGAAAAUUCUGUUAGAAAUUCGAUUUAUUAGGGAAUCUUAUGCCUUGGACCGUCUUAUAAAAAAUAAUUAGGAAAUGUCUGACCCUCUUCUUUUCACACCCUGUUUUGCUGAUCGGGAAGAAAUUCUGCUUGAUCACUUACUUUCUUGUGCUUGAAAGCGCAAGUCGCUUUGGGUCGGUUGAUCUCUAGAAACAACCCGUUGAGCGUCGAGCCAUUCCAAAUGCGACCAUAAAAAAAGAGUCCUUUCUGGGAAAAUUUUUAGUGACCACUAUAGAGGCUCGCCAAGGGCUACUUGGAGAGGACACUAAAGUGGCCACUAAAUUCACCUCUAUAGUGGCCACUAUAGUGGCUCUCUAUUAAGUGGCCACUUCAGUAGUUUUUCACCCAGUAUUCCCUCCAGUAACUCUGAUAAUUUUAAAACAAACAGAUUGGGCCAGUUAUGUUGAUCCAUCGACCCCUAAAGUGGCCACUAAAAUUUUAGUGGCCUAGUAGCAGCACUUAGACCUCUACAGUGGCCACUAAUGUUUAACCCCUUAAGUGGCCACUAAUUUGACUACUAUAGUGGCAACUAAAACGUCAAAACUCUAUAAUGGCCACUAAAAGUCUUUUUUCGACUUUUUCGCUUCACUUCGGAACUUCUAAAGCGGCCCCUCUAGGGUCAACCGUAGGAGCCCUUGAAGUUCUCUAGGAACCACUUUACCUCAUCCUAUGGGGGUUAAAAAACGGAAAACUCUAGGGGUUUUAGCUAGUGGCCGCUCUAGGGGAGCAUGUCCAUAUUUUAUCCGUAUUUCUCACUUUUUAACCGGGGAAAAAAUAAAUAAAAGACCCUGAAGGGACCACUUAGAUUUUAGGUCUUUGGGUAGUUUAAAGGCCAGUCCCUAAAGGGACCACCUAAAUUUUACCCCUAUAGGGAGCGAUUUUUUCCACUCUUUAAAAGCUGUUUUUUACCCUUAAACCCUGUAGGGAUCACUCUAGGGUUCCUAAGUGCGAGAGAAAUGAAUUAAUAUUAUUAUUAUCAAUAUUAACUUCUAUUCUAUAUAUUUCUCCUGAUUGAAUUUAUGAUUUAUCCCGUAGAAAACGACAUAUUUCAAAGCAUUUCAUCGCUAAUUUUUUCAUUCAUAGGCUGGAUUUCCCACACAUUCCGCCCUGUGGGAAAUAACAAUCGGAAAGACGGCUAAUUUGACCUAUUUGUUUAUUUGAAGCCCUACGACGACCCGAAGCUGCCCUUUUCCUCAUUUCAACCUUUCUUUUGGCAUUUUCCUUCUUGAUAUUUUGGAAAUAAUUGAUUCUUAGGGAUGUAAAAAGCUUUUUUUUUUUGAAUUUUUAGGUGCGAAACUAUAAUUUUUGGAAAAUUCAUGCCUUUUCAAAAGAAUUUCCAGUUGAAAUAGUAAAAAGUACAAGUUUAUUUUUUUUGUGUCUUUUUUUAAAUUUUGAUGAAAAAAAUUAUUAAAGUACAACUUAUAGAAAAAUAAAAAAAGAAGAAUUCCUUCCUAAAUUUCUAGGCGCAAAACUAUAAUUUUCGAAAAAAAUUGUUGCGUUUCAAAGAGAAUUUUCAGCUUCCCUUCAAACUUUUUUUCCUGGAAAUUUAGUGUUUAUUUUGAAAAUUAUUAUUACUGUCAAUGAUAGAAUGUACAAUAAGUUUCGUAAAUAGAAAAUACUUUCAUAAAUCUGAAAAUUACAAGCUUUAUUCUUUCACAAAGCUGUUUCUCGCUCCCAAAAUGACCCCUGGAUAAACAUUUUAAGCGAAAAUCAAAAGAUCAUUUUUCGGAAGUAGACAUUUUGGAGAACCUUCUAGGAUUUUUUUAGGACUGAAAAAUUUUUCUAUUUUAUUAUUUUUUCCAUUCCUUGUGAUUCAUUGAAAGUUUCGGGAUAUAAUUUUUUUGCUGAUCAAUUUUCGACUCAACUUUUUUUGGUUGAUUUUUAAUUCUCAAAAAAACAAAAAUCAGAGGUGCCGUUCAAAAAAAGCUCCAUGGACUAUUUUCAGAGGUUCAGAGUUCAUUAGUUUCAUUGAAAAUCGGUGUGAUUGAGAAAUAAAAAAACGAUAAAUUGAGAUUUUUUGGCUUGUUUCCGUUCAAAAUUUUGUAGAUCGAAAUAAGUAUUUUUUCGUCUUUUUGAAGAUCUCUGGGUUUUUCUCAAGGUCUUAGAGGCCUUUGACUAAAACAUUCACUGCGUAAAUUCUGGUAAGUUUUUUUUAUUCAAAAUUUUCAACACUCAAACAAGUAGAGCCUUUUUUUCAUUUUUUGAGAUCUCUGGAUUUUUCUCAUUGUUAAGAAACGUCAUUGACUAAACUUAAUUUUUUUCUAAAAAAAUUUCAUUAAAGUUAAAAAAAUCUUUUUUUUCAAGUAGAUGAUUUGUUGAACAACGCGUUUUCUGUGUAUACUUACAAAGGCUAAAUAAAAAAAAUAAGCCAUUUUUCGUGGUUUUUGGACCUUUUCCACUGUUAAAAGACGUGUUUUGUUCAGUCCAGACUUGUAAAGAUUGACACAAAAAAACCUAAUUUGUUUCGGAAUCUUUAAAAAUCUCUGGACUUGUCUGAAGGCUCACGGACGUCACUGACUAGGCCCAGUUUCAUUGGGAAAUUGGGGAGAUUGUGGAACCCCCUGGAAAAGCCGUUGUCCAUAAAUGGAGUGGGGGGCCGCCGGCUCGACUUACUGCGUCACGCUCCGAACAAGGAAACGCCGAGAAGCAGAGGAAAUCGAGCACGGCGAAAACACAUGGAGACGGCCGGGACAAAAGCUGGUGUCUGCUCCUCCAGGAAGAGAAAAAGUCGCCCCAGGCGACCUGCAACUUUCCCCCGUUUUUCUACUUUUUUGCCUUCCCUGUGACGGCUUCAAGAAGGAACCUUCGGGCCUUUCUGUGUCUAUUUUCGACUGGAACAAAACUUUCUGGAUACUCCUAUCUUCUGAGCUUCUUCCUGAACCUUCUCGUCAUUUUUUAAACAGAGAACCUGCCGGGAUCAUCUACGGAGAAGCUGCCGGUCUUCUGAGCUUCAGGCAAGAGGAAAAGCUUGACCUUGAGCUGGAUCAUCUGCUUCAAAGGCUUCUCUCGAGAGCUGGACCUCUUUUUUGAAAGAGCUUGACCUGAUAGCUGCAACUAUUUUUGAGAAACGUUUGGUCUGAGAAGAAGCUAGAUUCCUCAGCCUUUCUCUGUGAUUUUAACUACUUUUCGGAGCCUUUCUGAGCUUCAUUUGAAGCUUCUAAGGCUUUUCCUUAUCAAAGAAGUCUUUUGGAAGCUUCUGGCAAGAAAAGAAGCUUGAUUUCUCUACCGGAACGUCUUCUGGAAAUCUUCUACACCUCCCUGGAAAGCCUAAAGCCAUUCUGAUCCUAGAAUUCGGACUUUUUGGAGUUUCUACGCCAAAAGAAGUUAUUUUAUUCCUUCCAGUACUGUCUGGAGCUGAAUUCCUGAAGUUUCUGUGAAGAAGAAGCUGACUUUAUUCCGAAUUUUUCAACUUUUAAGCCCUCUAGCACUUCUGGAUCAUCUACAGGAGUCUGAAACUUCUCGAAUUUUUCAAGUUUUUAAGCUUCAUAUUCUACUAAGACGACACUUUUCAAGCAGCCCCAGUUUUUGAGCAUCUGCUGGACCUUCUCGUCAUUUUUAUAGAGAAAAUGUCGGUUUUGUGAGCUCCAGGCAAGAGAAGGAGCUGGACCAACUUUUUAAGCUUCUGGUGAAGCCUGACAUCCAUCUGAACCAAAAAUCUUCAAUCUUUGAAGUUUUCUGUUAGAAGAAGUUGGAUAUUCUGAAGAAUACUGAAAGCCGCUUGAUCCUGGACUAUUCCUACCCUUUUUGAAGCUUUUGGAGGAGCUCAAAAUCAGCAGAAAACACCUUCUCGAGGCUGAAAAAUACCCAGAACCCUUCAAAAAGCCUAUUUUCCGCCAAAAAGCCUCCAAAAAGGGGUACUUGAAAUCUAUUUACUGACUUCUGAACUGCCCGAAGAAGAAAUAAUAAUUAUUUUCUGAAGUUGAACCAAAAAAUUGGCUUCACCGACUCCUACUCGCUUACUUUUCCGCUUCCCGACGGUCUCAGAGUCAAAAAGACCGACUUUUAAAGACGUCUGAGCUUCCCGAUUUAUUCCAAUUUUAUUCAACACAUCGGCCAACCGAUUGGCCCUCCUCCACCUUCAAAAUUCCACUGAAAGUGCCCUUGGAGGCGAAAAAAUCGUCGAAAAUGGUGGCCAACGGGUGCUUCACCUCCCCACGAGGACUCCUUUCCCAGGGAUCGUUUAGAAAGGUUUUUUCCGAGAUUUUUUAUCUUUUUGAUAUCAUUUGUAAUAAAUAAAAUAUUUUUUUAGGUUCGAAAAUUAUGAAUAUUAUUUUUUUUUUGUUGAUAUUUUUCAUUGCAAAACGAAUUUCUUGGGUUUUUGACAUGGAAAUGAUUUUUCUGGUUUCAGUUCAUCCCUAGAGUGACCACUUUUAAAUUUCUAGCGGCUCGUUUUGAUUAUGUGGUCCCUAUAGGGGCCCCCUGCACUAUAGGAUUUUUUUCCAAAGGUCAAAAAUUUUUACUUUUUUUUUUGUAUUGUUGAUAGUGUAUUAUUUUUUUGAAAAAAAGGCUCUUUUUUUAUUAUUUUAUUUUAUUUUAUUUUAUUUUAUAAGGUCUUUCAAUUCCGAUUUUCUAACUCUAUAAUCUUUUUUUGUACCGUUUUUUUGAUUAAAUUUUUUUCAGUUUAUCAUUGAAAAAAAUCAUUUCUUUUUCAUUAACAAUCUUCAAUUAAAUAAUAAACACUGAAGACCAAAGAUUUUCUGAAUCAUAUUUUCAACAAAAAAAAGCUAAUAGACGCACUAGACCAUGAAAGGAAAAACAAUACGUUUUUUAGUCAUCCCAGUCUUUUUUCUCACUUUUUUUCGGAAUCAGUGGUUGUGAAAUUGUUACGAAAUAGGAAUUUAUCCACAUUUGUGCACGUUUUUCUUGAGAAAUCUGCUUCUUUGGACAGAAAAAGGAAAACGUUGUUAUUGGCAAUGGUUUCUAUGUCUAUAAAUAACGAAAAAAAUCUCCAUAUCGUCAUGAAUAUUUUAUCUCGAUUUGUAGUUUUCCCAUUCAUUCGAGACACUUUUUGGACGAAAAUUGGUUUUUUUUUUUGAGGUUUUUAGAAUAAAAUUUGAAUUUAGUUGAUUUUUUUUUUUUGAAGUUUUAAGAUUUUGAAAGGUUUUCCAUUUUUUUUUGAACCGGGGAAAUUUAUUUUUGGUGAAAUUUUCCAAAUUUAAAGCUAAUUUUGGAGCUGUUGGAGUCUGAAAAAAACAUUUUCUGUUUUGAAAUUGGUUUUUUCUAUUUUUUUAUAAGUUUUUUUUGAUUCCUAUGUACUUUUCUUUCAUAUCAAGUUCGAUUCAAGAAAAAAAUUUGGCAAUUUUCAAGGCCCAAUAUCAUUCUUUUCAGUUUCAGUCGUCUUAUUUGUCAAAUCCAUUUUUUAUUAGUCCAGUUAUACAAGGUUCUGGACACUUUUUGUAAAAAAAUUAAUUAGAUUGAUUUUUUUUGCCUUUUUGAAAUUUAAAAUGUUUGCGAGGUAUUUUUCCUUUUUUUAAUUUUUCUAUUAUUCAGGCCAUAAAAUGAGUUUUUUUCUUAAAAAGAUUUAUUAAAAAUUGAACUUUUUGAUAGAUUUUUUUCAGCUGAAGUCACAAGGAAAAAAAGUAAUUUACAGUCUUUUUAAUUUGUCUUUUUCUCUUUUCUCCAUUUUUUCGAGUUCAUGAUUUUAAACGGAGAAAAGAAAUUUUGAAUUUUGAUGAGUCUUUUCUAGAGCCUAUAAAAUUUGAAAAAUUGAAUUUUUGAAUUUUUUUGUGAGUUUUUUUAAGCUGAAGUCACAAAAAUCCUUUCUGUUUUAUACACUUAUUCUCGAAUUUUUUUCCUUCAAAUAUUAUUUUCAAAUAAGGCGCGACUUGAAUUUUCUAAUUGAAACGUGUCCAAUGAUGGGUUGAGAAGCUUUUUCCAGGGCCUAUUAAAUUUAAAAUAUAAAAUUCGAAUAAUUUUUGGAUUUUUUUAGCUGAAUUUUUAAGCAUUUUUCUUUGAUUUUGGUUUUUUUUUAUUCAGCUUGUAUUUUUUUCCCUCUAGAAUAUUUUUUUGGGUUCAUACUUUUUGAAAAGGAGGAAUAAAAAGGCUGACGAUUUGAGCAACUUUUUUUCUGGAGUUUUGAAGCUUUUGAUCUGAAUUUUGAAUAAUUUCUUGAUUUUUGAGAUCAAGUCACAAGAACAAAAUUAUUACACGUACUUUUGACUUUUUUAAAUUUUGAAGUCUGAGCUUGGAAUACUUUUCUAGUUUGAACGGGUCCAAUGACGAGUUGAGCACCUUUUUCAACAGUUUUGAAGCUUUUGGUUUGAAUUAUGAACAAUUUCUCAACUUUGCAGCUGAAGUUGCACUCGGACCGCGGGGAGGGGGCGUCGCCCCACGGGCUGUCGUCCCCGUUGCUCUCCCAGCAGCUCCUCGAGGGCUACACCGAGGAGGAGCUCAACGAGUACCGACAGGUCUUCAACAUGUUCGACGCCGGUAUAUUUUUUGCCUUGAAGGAAGUAGAAAAUCCCAAGUAUAGUCGGUGUACCACGACUUGGAAUUUCACCGAACGACAUUCCGCUGUUCCGCUGCGUGCUCGGCCGCGCCUUUUAUUUUACGGAACAGCGGAAUGUCGUUCGGUGAAAUUUCAAGUCUUAGCACACAGACUAUAUCCCUCCUUUGUCCUGCAAGUGAAAAAAAAAGGCUUCAGCUUCAUUUUUGAAGUCCUAAAUCUCUAUUCUUGGUCUGGAAAGUAACGAAAAAAUGAAGAAAACUGAAAUAACAGGGGUAGGAAAAAAGGACCGUGGGGAAUUUUUCUAAAGUUGAUAUAUUUUGUUUUUUUUUUUCAAGUUCGCGAGUUUUUUUCACGUAGUAGAACUUGAGUGGUCAUUGAAGGGGCUAGGGAAAAAAGCCCCCUUCAGUGCACAAAAUAAUGUUCCGUAGAAGGUUCUAAGCCCCCGAAACUUAAGUGGUCCCUAUAGGGGUCUUCUGGUUGUUUUUAUGAUUUGAAAGUUUGUGUAUAGAGUGGCCCUUUUGCAAGCUUCAGCGGUCCCUUUAGGGGUUGGUAAAAUGGUCCCUAGAGAAGACCCUCCAAGGUUCCCCCUUUAAGGACAGCUAUGGAGUCCCUAAGUAAGAUGAAAAAUCGAAAAAUUGAUCUUGCUCAGACUCGCAAAAUCAAAAACCUUGAAAACUCCGAUUUUGGUGGAAAUAUUCAUAGACCUCUUUAAAUUGUAAUCUGAAAAAUUUGGGUAGUUUUUUUUAGAAAAUCAAGACAUUUAUUGAACCCAAAAGUAAACCUCAAAAAAAAAGAACUUCUUUGAGAGGUUUUACCUGUGCUAAGUCGCUCACCUUUUUGGCCUAUUUUGAAGAUUUUUCCGUCAAUGUUCGUAGAUCUGGCACUCACAAAAAGGAGAAAAAUUCACUUUUAUCUUUUCGCCAAAACAGCAAAGUACGCGAAGAUUCUAUCAUAAAAUAUUUUUCAUCAGCAUUUUGUGGCCAACCUGUGGUAAUUAUUUAGGGGGCACUUUAGGGUUUUUAGACGUUUUAGUGGCCACUUUAGUGUUCUAUCCAAGUAGUCCACGAGGAACCGCAUAAGUGAGCACUAGAGCUUUUUCUCAGAUGUCUCUAUUUUAAUUAAUAUAUAUAUAUAUAUUUUUUUUAUUUACUCAUAAUUAAUUUUUUUAAGCUUCACGAACAUUAUGUACCCUUACCGUAAGCCAAAUUUAUGAGAAAAAAAUAUAAAAAAAUCGGGAGAAAAUGAGAAAAAAAUUUCGGUUUUUAGCACAAUUUUGAGCAAAAAAAUCAACCCUUUUUUUCGUUUCUUAUAAUAAAAUUUCUUGUGAAAAUGGUCAAUUUUUUUCCGAUUUUGAAGGGAUUUCUUGAGCAAAAAAACACUGAGAAGCAAUGAAAAGCGUUAUGGCCUCGAAAAUCGUGUUUUAUUAGCCAUAUGCUUUGAAUUUUCUGCUUCGAUCCGAAAUUUUCCCCUUCCUUGAGAUUUUACUAUGAGCUGUACCUACACAAAUCCCUAAUCUUUAGUAUAUUUUCAUUAAAAACAAAAAUUUCCUAUCAGAAUUGGCUUGAUUCAAUCAAGUUCCGUUUCAAUUUAUCCCCUCCCCCUUCCACCUUUUUCGGGUCUUGUUUUUCACUUUAUGCCGUUCCCAUGGCACUGCCCGGAGCAAUUUGUUCGAUUUCAGCUGGAUUUCUUCCUCGAAAUUUCUUUUUUUGAUGAAUAUAGAUGUUUUUUUUGAAUAAUUUUCGAGUUUAUUUUUAGCUUUUUUUCUACUUAAUUUUUCUACAGAAAGUGCCCAAAUUUUUCAAAAAAAUUGUCCCAAUUUUGGGAUUUCAACAGCUUUUUUUCGCGAAAAAGUUGAUUACUUCAUGAAUUUGAAUAAUGAUAUGAAAUCUUUGUUUUUUUAUAAAAAUUGUUGAAAAAAAGUAAACCAAGGUAGACAUUUUUUUAGCUUCAAUCAAGCUUUUUUUGACUCAAGUUUCUUGAGAAAAAUUUCGAAUUUUUUUACAAAUUUUAUAGCUAAAAAAAUUGCUCUUGUCCUUAAAAAAAUUCGAAUAAAACCAUUAUUUUUCUGUUUUUUUCAAAAUAGUAUCGAGAAAGUAAAGCCAAAAAUUAGACUGAAAACACUUUGAAAUCUUUUUGAGCUGGAAUUUCGUCUUAUUUUUCAAAGGAAAGUUCAAGUUUUGAGAUUUUUACAGCUUUUAUCGCUUAAAACUAAUUUUAAUACUACUGAUACCAAUAAUAUGUUUAUUUUUUUCUAUAAUUUUUUUAUGUAAUUGUUGAAACAGUAAAAGCGAAACAAGGUAGCCUUUUUUUAAUAAUCUCGAAUUUGUCUCAAUUUUUAAGGAAAAGUUGAUUUCGAGACGGAAAAAGCUCUCAAAAAAAUCGCUCGAAUUUUAAUCUUCUUACUGAAAAAUGUGUAGUCGAAGAAGGUUAAUUAUAUUAUUUUUUUGUUUAGGCUCGAGUUUCUUCAAAAAAACGCAAUUUUUUUGGAUUUGAACAGCUUUAUUGCUGAAAAAUUGACCAUUUUUUUCAAAAACAUGGAUUUCAGGCAUUUUUUUGUACUAUUGUUGAAAUAUUAAAGUCAAAACAAGGUAGACAAUUUCGAGCCAAUUUUUUUAACCCAUUUUUUUAGCCAUUUUUUUCAGCUCAUUUUUAGCCCAUUUUCGUCUCUGAAAAACGCACCGAAAUUUUCGAUAGAAGGUUCAAAUUUUCGGACCUUAGAAGCUUUUUCCCGAUGAAAAUUCUUCUUUUUUUCAGAAAUUUGAAUAAUACCAAUAAAUCUUCGAUUUUCUCCGUUUUUUUGAGAAAAAUCAAGCCAAAAAAACAAGUUCACAUUUGAACAGCUUUUUAUCACAAAAAGAUUGAAAAAAAUUCGAAUUUUUUUCAUAUUAUUGUUGAGAACCUCAUCAAAACAAGGGUAAUGGCGAUCGAAUUUCGAGGAUUCCCUCAAAUCCAAUCCCCCAAAAAAUCCUUUCAUUUUGCCACUAAUUUUCUCGUUUUCUUCCUGGUUCUAAACGAUUCUUUUUUUCAUCCUAAAGUUAGUUUUCAAGCUCUCAAAUAGGCUAUUUACCAAUGGGCCACCAAAAAAAGUUUGUAGAUUUUCGUUUUUUGAUUUUUCAUAACCCUUUUCCUAAAAUUGCUACAGAUUUAUCCAAUUUCCAAUUUUCCUGAUUAUUUUACUUUGGUAGAGAAAAGAGAAAUAUGAGAAGAAGCUCUAAAGAAUUUGUGCUCAUAAAAAAAUAAAAUUUAAGCUUAUUCAAGCCCAUGUACCACUGAGCCAUAAAUAUUCUUUUUGACAUUGUUCCUUUUUAAAAGUCAAAAUUGACUGACUUUUUAAAUCAAUUUUCCACUGUAACCAUCGCAAAAAUGGCAAAAACGAGGAACGGAGUCGAACCUGUGACCUUUUGGAGCUUAUUCAAGCCCACAAACCACUGCGCCAUAAAUAUUCUUUUUUUGACAUUGUUUCUUUUCGAAAAAAAUUUUAAAAAAAUAGAAAUUACUGACUUUCAAAUCAAAUUUUCCCAAAGUAACGAUGGCAAAAACGGCAAAAACGAGGGAAGGAGUCGAACCUGUGACCCUUUUAAGCAUAGUUGAGCCCCCAAACCAUUAAGCCAUAAUUACUUUCUUCUUUGGCAUCAUUUCCUUUAUUUGUCAAAGUCAAAAAUGACUGACUUUUAAAUCGAAUUUCCACUGUAACCAUUGCAAAAACGGCAAAAACGAGGGAAGGAGUCGAACCUGUGACCCUUUUAAGCAUAGUUGAGCCCCCAAACCAUUAAGCCAUAAUUACUUUCUUCUUUGGCAUCAUUUCCUUUAUUUGUCAAAGUCAAAAAUGACUGACUUUUAAAUCGAAUUUCCACUGUAACCAUUGCAAAAACGGCAAAAACGAGGGAAGGAGUCGAACCUGUGACCUUUUUAAGCAUAGUUAAGUGCACUAAUCGCUGCGCCAAAACUACACUCUUUUUUGGGCAUCGUUUAUUUAUUUUUGAAAGUCAAAAGUGGCUGACUUUUAAAUCAAUUUUCUGCUAUACACAUCGAAAAAUGGCAAAACGAGGAGCGGGGUCGAACCUGUGACCUUUUCAAGCAUAGUUAAGUGCACUAGUCACUGCGACACAGUUUUAUUUAUACUUUUUAGUUCAAUUUAAGCUUGUAUUUUUUUUUUGCAGACAGGAGUGGAGCGAUCGCCAUCGACGAGUUGGAAGCGGCCAUCAAGAAUCUCGGCGUUGAGCAGACUAGAGACGAUUUGGACAAGAUUAUUGACGAGGUGAUUUGAUUAUUGAUUUUUGGAGACUAAAUAUACUACUAAGGGACGCCAGAGUGGUCCCUAGAGGGGUUAGGCGGAAAACGCUCCCUAUAGGGCACAAAAUGGUGGUCCCUAGAGGGGUCAAGUUAAGGUGGUUACUAAAGGAGUUCACCAAAAAGACCCUAAAGCCCAAGUGGUCCCUAAAGGGAUUUUCGUUACGAUUUCAAAGUUAAAAAGACGUGUAGAGACGACCAAAUGAAAUCUCUAGAGAGGCCACUUUUGCUCGCUGUAGAAAAAGGUAAAGUGGCCCCUGGAGGGGAGCCUUUUAGAGCCCUUUAGGGACCUCUCUAGGGUUUCCAGGUUCUCAGCAAUUUUUCGUCCUUUUUUCAAACAUUAUGAGUAAAAAAGUAAAGAUUCGACAACUAUCUGAAAAAAUAGUAGUUUUGAAAACGUAAAAUCAUCUUUCAAAAGAAAAAAGUCAAUUGAAGGUCGACCAACGGGGCAACCAUCAGAUCGAUUUCGACGAGUUUUGCGUCGUUAUGCGACGGCUCACGAUGAAGAAAAGCACGUGGAAUGAGGUCGUCCGCGAAUGUUUCACCGUCUUUGAUAGGGUUCGUUUCGAAAAUCGGCAACUUCCAAAAUAAUCGAAAAAGAGACUUAGAUGAGUUUACUGCACCAUCCCACUUUGAAAGUCUCAACAUUUUCAAAUUCUACAGUUCUCCGAAGUAAAAACUUCUGACGUUAAAAUGUAAGAUUGAAAAAUCUCUAAAUAUUGUUCAUUUUUUGCUGUUUUUCUCUGCGCCCUCCUCGUCUCUCGACCAUCCUCUCAUCUCGACGUGAUAUUUUUUCAUCUCUCUGACCUUGCCGGCGAGGGACAGAGAGACGCAGACACUCGAAAACUGUAAAGUCGCGAAAAACCGAUUAUAAUCUUUUUUCUUUAAUUUUGAUUAUGCUAAAAGUGAUACCGAAAAUCAUCCCUAGGCCCUGGGAAACUUGAUUAUUUUUCAGUUUUUGAAAGAUUUUUAUCAAUUCGAAUAGAAUUAUUUAAUAUUCAAAAGCUGAUUAAAAUGAGUUUUUUUGUUUUUUUGAAAAAAAUAAAAAAAGUUGGUAAAAGUAAAGUUUAUCAACAUUUCUGUUCAAAAAGUCGAUUUCCAGUGUUUUUCCAUGGCUAAUUUUAUUUUUUUGGUAAGAAAAAAAGUAAAAAAAGUUUAUUUUCUCAAAAAAAUAUUUAAAAAAAUAAUAUUGCGCCGCUAAAAUGCCAGGAGAGGGAGACCACCGUAACCCAAUGCCUUGAUUUUAUUUGCGCUGCGAGACCCGACCGCUUCAUGUUCGUCUUAUUUCUUCGAUUAUUAUAAGAAUGAUAGAAUGGUUUAAAGUCAACUAUUUACUGGAAUAUAUUGAGGAACUUAUUUGGAACAUGGAGCUUUUAGAAAAAAUUUGAAAUUGUUUCACUUUAUGGCUCAUUGCUUCAGAUGAAAGAAAAAUUCUUGUCUUCUUCCACAAAUCCAGCAAUUAUUCGUUCAGUUAUUGUCGUAAAAAGUCCACAUUGAAUAUGAAAUGUGGUAGUUCAACAAAAUACUGCAAAAAAAAACCCUUCAAAAUUUCCUUAAUUUCGUUCUUAUUUGAUUUUAGUUCAAAUUUAACGACCUUUUCCACAUUUUCGACGUUAAAAAGAUAAUUAUUCUAAAUAACCAGACCCUAGGUAACAUUCCUGCAUGAGAAAAACUAUGAAAUCAUGUAAAAAUUCCUUAUUUUAAUAGGAACUCCGUUUCCACAAGAAAUAAGCAAGUUUGGCCGGCUACCGUAAUCUCUCUUCCUGGCUUGCGUUUGCGCUUCGAGACCCGCUUUUUUUCGAUUUUUGUUUUCGAUUGUUUUUGUAUUUAUGAAAUUUUAGUCCGAAUCCGGCGGGAUAUCCAAAAAAGAUUUCCGUUUCAUCUUGAGGGAACUCGGCGACAUUACUGAUAAUCAAGUGAUCGAUGAGAUUUUCAAUGAGGUGAGCAAUCUUUUUUUUCUAAUUUUCAUUUUCAAAGUUUCAAUUUCUAGGCGGAUGUAGAUGGAAACGGCGUGAUCGACUACGACGAGUUCAGCUACAUGGUCAAGAACUACAUGACCGACGAGGACAUCAACGCUUAA